CUGAGGGUGAGCAAGCUUGCUGCAGGCAGAGAGCAGCCCCCGGGGUUUCUGGGCUGGUUGCCCCAAAGUUGAGGAGUUGCUGAGGUUCAGCAGCUGCCCAGUCUCAAACAAUGAACUACGUGGGGCAGCUCGCUGAGACAGUCUUCGUCACGGUGAAGGAACUGUACCGGGGUCUGAACCCCGCCACCCUGACGGGCUGCAUCGAUGUGGUCGUAGUGAGGCAGCCCGAUAACUCCUUCCAGUGCUCCCCAUUUCACGUGCGCUUUGGGAAGCUGGGUGUGCUGCGCUCCAAGGAGAAGGUGGUUGACAUUGAAAUCAACGGGGAGCCUGUGGACCUGCACAUGAAGUUGGGUGACAAUGGAGAAGCCUUCUUUGUCCAGGAGUCGGAGGAGAAUGAGGUCAAUAUCCCGUCCUGCCUCUGCACAUCCCCCAUCCCCACGGAGCAGAUCCCAGAGGAUGUCGCUCAGCCCUCCCAUGGGCAGGAGACCUCCACUGCCGAAAUGACCUCACGCAAGAGGAGGCGACGCAGGAGAAAACCCAAGCAGCAGGAGGUGUCUGACUUGGAGUUAGAGGGCUGCGAGGACACCAAAAAUGAGGUGUCCAUGGAGGAGCUGUGCAAGCCACCAGCCCCAAGUGGUUCAGUGUAUUUCUCCUCUGCUGAUCUCCCCGAAGAAGAAAUCGGAUCAUUGGAGUCCCCAGAGAUUCACCCUUACUCUGACGGGGAGCUGGCCUCUGUGGACAGUCCCACCCUGAGCCAUCCAUCUCCUCCUAAAAGUGAUUCAGAACUGGAGAUCAGGCCGCAGGAGAGCUUGGCUCUAGGGGCUGAAUCCCACAUGCAGUGGACCUGGGGAAGGCUCCCACAGGUGAAUAAAUCUGAACGAGUUGAACCAGCCAAGUCUGCAAAGACCACUGCUACUGCAGCAACUGCUGUCUCUGCAACGCUGGUCCUAGUGGAUGAGGCAACCCAUCUUGUUGCCACCUCUGAAGGUCUGGGAGGUGGUCCAAGCCCAGCAGGACCUCAGAGCAUGCCUCGUUCCUCUGCAGUGUCUGUUGUUGAGCCAACACUGGUACCCCAAAAUGGGGACAUCCCCAGUGCUGUGGGAGCCAAGAGCUUGCUGGAGGCCUCCUCAGCCCCACAAGAGAAGCAGGAGGGAGGCAGGGCUGUUGUGCCAGAAGUUCAGCCAGAUGUGGAGCCUUUUGAGGGAGCCACUGCUUUGAGACAGGUGGGCUCAGAGGGCCCCGAGCUGGAAAGCCAGAGGAGAAGAGGAGCCAUCAAAAGAAGUCCUCACCUGGGUCCUAGUGAUGUUUACCUGGAAGAGCUCUCCAACCUGGAUGAGGAGCAUGUGGGGCUCUAUUUCCCCAGGAGUGACACAGAGAAGAGUUCAAAGCCUGUGGCAGACCCCAGCAACCCUCUGUGUGCCCAGCUGCCAGCCAGCCAGCCCGCCAACAGCCCCACGGACUCAGGCUCAGAUUUGCUGCCCACCAUCGCCCUGUCCCUGUGCGGAGGCCUGGGGGGCAGCAGGCAGAUCUCCUGUGAAAAGUUCAUGGAGCAUAUGGUCUCCUACCAGCAGUUUGCUGAGAAUCCAGGACUCAUCGAUGACCCAAACCUGGUGAUACUGAUCAACAAGAAGUAUUACAACUGGGCAGUGGCUGCUCCCAUGGUCCUGUCCCUGCAGGCUUUCCAGAGGAACAUUCCCGAGAGCGCCAUCGAGCAGCUGGUGAAGGAGAAGAUGCCCAAGAAAGGCAGCAGGUGGUGGUUCUCCUGGAGGAGGAGAGAAUUCCCAGCAGAGGAGCAGCAGCAAAGACCAGGGAAAACCAAGACGGGGAUGCUGCAGCCCAGCUCUGCUCAGCAGAGGCAGGAGGAAGAGGGAUCAUCUAGUGAUGACGGGUCCCUGCACCCUGGGAACUUGUUAGCAAGGGAUGCCCCUGCACAGAAAUCUCCACCAACCUACAAGAAAUCCCUGCGGCUUUCCUCUGAACAAAUUGGAAGGCUGAAUCUGCAAGAUGGCCCCAACGAGGUGGCAUUCAGUGUGACAACCCAGUACCAGGGCACGUGCCGCUGUGAGGCCACCAUCUACCUGUGGAACUGGGAUGACAAGGUGGUGAUCUCAGACAUCGAUGGCACCAUCACCAAGUCAGAUGCGCUUGGGCACAUCUUGCCGCAUCUGGGAAAAGACUGGACUCAUCAUGGGAUUGCUAAGCUCUUCCACAAAAUCCACAUGAAUGGCUACAAGUUCCUCUACUGCUCAGCCAGAGCCAUCGGCAUGGCACACAUCACCAAAGGCUACCUCAAAUGGGUCAACGAGCAAGGCUGUGCCCUCCCCAAGGGUCCCAUCCUGCUUGCCCCCAGCAGCCUCUUCUCUGCCUUCCACAGGGAGGUGAUUGAGAAGAAGCCGGAGGUGUUCAAGAUUGCCUGUUUGAUGGACAUCCAAAACCUGUUUGCGAUGAAGGUGCCCUUCUACGCAGCCUUUGGGAACAAAGCCAAUGAUGUCUAUGCUUACAAGCAAGUGGGCCUGCCGGAGAGCCGCAUAUUCACAGUCAACCCCAAGGGAGAGCUGAUCCAGGAGCUCACAAAGAACCACAAGUCUACGUACGAACGUCUGUCGGAGCUGGUGGAGCUCAUCUUCCCUCCCCUGGGACAGGGUGGCAGCAUUGCUCUGGUGUGUCCAGAGUACAGCCACUUUGCCUACUGGAGGCGUCCACUCCCUGCUGUUGACUUGGAUGCCUUCUCCUGACCCCAUUACCUGUGGAGACCUGACCCAGGGCUCUCCUGCGUGUCCUCUGCCAGUUCGGGAUGCUCCAUGUGCAUCUCCUCCCUGUUUGCUGCUCAGGCAUUUUGCCCUUCUAAUAGGGAUCACAUUCUGCACUAGAAACACCCCUUCUUAGGGGGCCAAAGAGGGGUAAGAGGGAGAUCUGACCCCACAAAAACUCCAAUCACUAAAAUUCAUGUAAGCUGGGUGUCACCUUCAUGUUCUUAACACCUAUAAAGCCUGGCUGCCUUUUAAAGGUGGUGGUGGUGGGUCAUGGUCUUAUUUACUGAUGAGCCUCUGGCAUAGCUAUUGCUUCCUCCAGUAUGACCAGUGUUCCCAGACAGUUCAGCUACCUCCAGUUUGGUAGCUGAUGGACUGAAGCUGUCUGUGGCUUAACUCAUUAAUGUAGAU